CCCAGAAUGGCAGUGAUGAAAACGGGGGCGUUGGUCAUUGAUAUGGGGUCAGGAAGCUGCAAAGUGGGUUUCGCUGGAGAACCUUCUCCCCAUUCCGUGAUUGGAUCGGUUGUGGGCUACCCCAAGGGUAACAGCAAACGCAGGGAGUCGACCAUAGGUAAAACGGUCUCAACCGAACCAGACCUGUCCCUGGUCAGGCCAACCAGACAAGGCAUCAUCGUGGACUGGGAAGCGGCCGAAGACCUCCUGAGGCAUGCGUUUUACCUGGAUCUCAGGGUCUGCCCCGAGGAACACGCCAUCCUGAUCUCCGACCCUCCUCUCAGCCCCACCACCAACAGAGAGAAGAUCGCUGAGUUGAUGUUCGAGAGGUUCAACGUUCCCGCCAUGCACGUGUCCUACCAGUCAGUGCUGGCCGUGUAUUCCUACGGGAAGACCUCGGGUUUGGUGGUGGACUCGGGAGAUGGCGUGACCCACGCCGUCCCGGUCCACGACGGCUACAAUCUGCCCGACGCCAUCACCCGCAUGGACCUGGCCGGUUUCGACCUGACCUCCUACCUCAUCAAACUGCUCAGCGAGGCGGGCAACGCCUUCCACGAGAAAGGCAGGUACAUCGUGGACGACAUUAAGCAGAAAUGUUGUUAUGUGGCCAUCGAUCACGAGAAGGAGAGCAACCUGACAGAACAGGAAUACCUCGUGGACUACGAGCUUCCUGAUGGGCAUGUCAUCACUCUUGGGAAGGAAAGGCAGAAAUGCCCAGAGGCUCUAUUCAAACCAUCUGUCAUGGGGUCCAACCAAGAGGGUAUCCACAUAACAAGCAUGAACAGUUUAACAAAGGUCCAACCCUUUGUUAGGCAGUUAAUGCACGACAACAUUCUGUUGAGUGGAGGGUCGACCAUGUUCGAUGGGUUCUACCCUCGCUUCUGCAAGGAGAUCUUUUCCUUGGUCCCCAAGGACGCCAAGACCAACAUUCACGCUGUCCCCGAGAGAAAGUAUGCGGUCUGGAUUGGUGGUUCCAUCUUGGCUUCCCUGAAUGCCUUCCAGUCGCUGUGGGUUCGCGAGGAAGAUUACAAAGAACAAGGACCAUUCAUUGUGCAUCGUCGGUGCUACUGA